UGAAGGAAGUGACGGGGGGUGGGAUUGAAUGAAAAGUGCUGAACGGAGUAGAGAGCUCUGGAGUCCGGGCGGCUGGUGCCGCGGCGACUGGGGGAACACGCACGGGGGGCACUGUCCGAGACUCGGGGUGCGUGGCUGAUCACGGCCCACGUGCGUCCGCAGCACGUCGUGGGGACCUCGGGGCUGAGUUUCCCCACCUGAGGAGGCGACUGCCGGCAAUCCCUGAACCGGACCCCUAACUUCGGGUGAACUUUGUAGGAGCGUCUCCCCUCCCCCACGCGGCGCGCCGGGGCCCCCGGGGAUGCGGCCCCCCGGCCGCUGCGACGUCCCCUCGGCGCGCCCCGCGCUGCCGCUGCUGCUGCUGCUACUGUCGCCGAUGCUGCUUGGGGCGCCGCGCGGCGUGGACGCGGGGAGCGUGCCGGCGGAGCUGCGGGUCCGUGUGAGGCUGCCCGACGGCCAGGUGACUGAGGAGAGCCUGCAAGCGGACAGCGACGCCGACAGCAUCAGCCUAGAGCUGCGCAAACCCGACGGCACUCUCAUCUCCUUCACUGCGGAUUUCAAGAAGGAUGUGAAGAUCUUCCGAGCCCUGAUCUUGGGGGAGCUGGAGAAGGGGCAGAAUCAGUUCCAGGCACUCUGCUUUGUCACCCGGCUGCAGCACAAUGAGAUUAUCCCCAGUGAGGCUAUGGCCAAGCUCCGGCAGAAAAACCCCCGUGCGGUGCGGCAGGCUGAAGAAGUGCGGAGUCUGGAGCAGCUACACAUGGAUGUCGCCGUGAACUUCAGCCAGGCAGGCCUGCUGAGUCCCCAUCUCCGCAACGUGUGUGCCGAGGCCGCUGAGGCCAUCUACACGCGUCAGGAGGAUGUCCGCUUCUGGACGGAGCAGCGAGGUGUGGACAGUUCAAUGUUCGAGGCCCUCCCCAAGGAGCAGACGGAGCUGCCCCGCUGUGGGCAAGUGAGGGACCGAGGAAAGCCCUGUGCCUGCCGCUACAGUCUGAGCCUGGCCUGGUACCCUUGCAUGCUCAAGUAUUGCCACAGCCGUGACCGGCCAGCACCCUACAAGUGUGGCAUCCGAAGCUGCAGAAAGAACUACAGUUUUGACUUCUGUGUACCCCAGAGGCAGUUGUGCCUCUGGGAUGAGGACCCCUAACUGUGGGGAGCUUGAACCAAGGAGAGCUGCUUGGGCCUCCACAAGUUCUUCACUGGCCACCAGAGGAUGUGUGUGGCAACCCUAUCUGGGGCCUUAGGUCCCUUCCUGUGCCUCAGACGCUGAAGCCACGGCCUCAUUUGCCUGACUGUGAAUGGCUGUCGCCCAGCAGGGACAGCCCUGAUGCCUACCUGUGCCCAUCUGGGGCACAGAGAGGGAUAAACCAUUCUGCAGACUGGUGCCCUCCCCUCUACAUGUCGCCUGAAAUGUCCCACAUACAUGCAGUCAAAAUGCACGGGCCCAAGUUUCUUCUGUGGAACUUGUUCCGGGUGUGUAUGUGCCGACAUCAUGCCUUCCCCACCAGCAAGAAGACCUUUGACCAGAGAGGAACUUCUGGGCACUCAUGUCCCAACUCCCGUUUCUGAAGUGCUUUCUCUCUGCCUCGGAGGCACCGGGGAGCAGGAGACUGCUGCCCCAGAGAUCUCCACAUGUGCCUUUCCUGGGACCAAACUUGGCUGCUUAGCAAGCACCAAUUCUUCCUCCCGCUGGACUGAAGUACUUUGGCAAGGUUCUGGGGCAGGAAGGGAGCAUGAAGUACAAGGAAAACUUGAAUUCCAGAUUUUUAAUGCAAAAUAUUUAUCGUUUGUACCAGAAAUAAAAGUUUUUAAAAAGCUUUCCCUCA